UCCAGCGACGUCAAUCGUUGUUUCGCAGUUGCCGAGAGUGGAUCGCCACGUUUUUCGGACGCUGGUAAUCAACACGUGAAUCUCGUGAUCGUACUUCUUACCGUACAAAAUACGUUGCUUUGCCUGUUGUUCUGUGUUUUUUGACCGAAGUUGGUUGGUGUGCCGGACGAGAAAGGUGGACCGCGGUUCCUAGAGCGAGUGCCGCCGAAGUGGCCGCCCGAAGGCAAACGGAGCGAGCGGUAAAGAAUGAUACGACGCACGGUGCAGAGCGAAGGAGCACGAGCGAACCACCGGUCGCUGCUUUGAGCAACUCUUUGCCGGGAUGCUGAAGGUUGGCGUACACGACGAGUUCGCCGCCUGAACUCCGCGAGUGGUCGUUGGAGUAGUUUGAGCAGUUGCACUCUAGUACAAUAGUGGCUGUUGCCGUGAACGGCGACGAAUUCGGCUGGAAGUGAGUUAGAAGAUUAGCUCGAGCAGUGUUCAAGAAAGUGUUCUAAGUCGGGUAUUUAAUUGCCAAUACCCAGCGAGCAAGGUGUCAGUUUCGAACAGUUGUGUGUGUUUUUUAUGCAUUUUAAACAACUCACGUUCGGUGGUGCUAGGUCGACCACUCUCGACAUAAGUGAUUCGUGAAACGUUAAGACACCAGAAUAGGCGCACGAUUGCUUAACGCUAUCACAGUGAUUGAAACGAAGUGCCUGGUGCAUCAAAGUGAAGAAGUUAACAAACAGCCGUUUGCGGCACGACGGAGUAGUACCAAUGAUGGAGGUUAGAGGAACGCCUGUGGCGUUGGCUUUUACAGUCAGCUGCUGCAUGCUACUAGCCCUUCUACCGGUGCAUAUCGAUGCAAACGACAAUUUGCGGGUGGCAUAUCAAUGGAAAGAAAUCGAUUUCGAAUUUCCAAGUGAAACUGAACGGCAGGAAGCGAUCGCCAGCAAAAGCUACAUUGCGGAGAAUGUAAUACCGGUUGGGCUGGAGGUUUACAAAAAGCGACUAUUUUUGACACUACCCCGGUGGAAGGAAGGCAUUCCAGCAUCGUUGGCCUACAUCAACAUCAACGAAACUACAACACAAUCACCCCGCCUGCACCCCUAUCCAAGCUGGAGUGCACACCGGCGCACCAGUGAGACGGAAGCUCCGGAAAUCGUGUCACCCUUCCGGAUACGAGCUGAUCGCUGCGGUCGUCUCUGGGUGUUGGAUACCGGUGUGGAGGAACUGCUGGGAAAUACCACCGUCACAAGCCCAACUUCCCUGCUAGUAUACGAUCUGCAUAACGAUAAUCUGCUGCGCCGAUACAAAUUCCCGGCGGAUCAUCUCAAAGAGAACUCCUUCUACGCCAACAUUGCGGUAGAAGAUAACGAUUGCGAUGACACGUACGCUUAUGCGGCCGAUCUCGGCAGCCCGGGACUGGUUGUUUACUCCUGGAAGCAGCAAGAGUCGUGGCGUGUGAAACAUCACUACUUCCAUCCCGACCCGCUGGCAGGCAACUACAACAUAACCGGCAUCAACUUCCAGUGGGACGAUGGGCUGUUUGGCAUAGCGCUGAAACCGCAAUCGGACGGUUAUUCUACGCUUUACUUCCACCCGCUCAGCUCAUUGAACGAAUUUUCCGUGUCGACUAAAGUGCUUCGUAAUCAAACGUACGCUACCGAAUCGGGCAACUACCAUGAGUUUAAGAUUUUGGGAUCCCGCGGACCGAACGGUCAGGCCGGGGUGGCGUUCGUCGACCAGAAAACGGGCGUCAUUUUCUACGCGCUGCCGAACCUAAAUGCCAUCACGUGCUGGAAAACGUCCAAUCGCGCAUACACAAUCAAAUCGCUCGGUCGCGUGUAUAUGAGCACCGUCGACAUGGUGUUCCCCAACGAUGUUAAGGUAGACGACGAAAGUAACCUCUGGGUGCUUUCCGAUCGACUACACCAGUACAUGUACGAAUCACUCAAUCGAAACGAUGUCAACUUCCGUGUUCUAACCGCCACCGUCAAGGACGCAAUACAAAACACCGCUUGUGAUACAAACAUUAAGCCGCUGCCAGAUAUUAUUACCAAUCUGGGUGAUAUUCUGCGACCCUCCACAAGCACCAUCGCACCCAAGGCUGGUUCGAGCAGUGCAUGGCCAUCUCCGUCGCAUACUAAUGCGAUAGUGGUGCUUUCGAUGCUUAUCACUAUGUUGCGAGUGUCCUACUGCAUCAGGAUAUAGGGACGGACGGGCGAUUUAUCUUUGUUUGCUGAGCAACUAGAAAAUCAGGGAUCUGUGUGAGCUAUUGCAUGCGACGAUUCAGUUGCAAUACUUACAUUUUCGUUUCUGUUAGAAAUAUUGAUAUAGAGCAACGUGUUACUUGUUAUGCUUUGUGUUUGCUAUCAGUAUUCAAUCAACUCAAUGGAACUGCUUUCACACAGUAGAUGUAAUCAUAUCUAUCGGCUAUGGAGGAAAGGCAUUCUAUCUGACCACAUUUACUUGAAGCGAUUCCCCUUGUAUUUCGAAUUUUUGAAAUGGAGGAUUCGUUUUCAUCGAACCCUUGCACAUAAACUAUAUUGCUAUAUUGCAUUCGGAAGAUAUAUCAUACUGUGACUCUCUGCUACCUUCUAUGCCCGAGCUUACUCGUUGUCCAGCACAGACACAUUCACUUCGCUCCACGGUACUCAUAACCGUUGCCUUGAGCUUUUUGAGAAAGGUUGCGUGCAGUUGUGUCAUAAUUGUUAAUCAUUAGUCAUUGUACCAAAAUACAUGUAGAACAGAAAAAGGCGUUGAAAUAAAUAAAAUUUUCAUAAACAUUGGAGCGUAA